AGAGAGAGAGAGCGCGCGCGCGAGCGAGGCUAAACCCGUCAGCCCCGGGCUCCGGCAUGAACCGGGUCCACGCUCUCUUCAGGCAGCUGAGCCGCUCGUCCAAAAAGAAGAGAGAGAAAGAGUCGGGGGAACGAGAAGCCAACGAGGUACCCGGGGAGGAGACCAGGACUCUCGCUGCGAGUUGCUGCGCUGACGAUGAUGGGCCUUAUUCAAAGGGGAGCAAGGAGUCUGCGGGGACAGAGACUAGCCUGGCUACGAGGAGGCAGAGCAUACCAGAAGAGUUGAGGGGAGUUACGAUAGUGGAACUUAUCAAGAAGGAGGGCAGCACCUUGGGGCUGACCAUAUCUGGAGGGACUGACAAGGAUGGCAAGCCCAGAGUGUCAAACCUGCGACCCGGAGGGUUGGCUGCAAGGAGCGAUCAGUUAAAUAUCGGAGACUACAUUAAGUCCGUCAACGGAAUCAACCUGACCAAACUGCGACACGAUGAGAUCAUCAGCUUGCUGAAGAACGUUGGGGAGCGGGUGGUCCUGGAGGUGGAGUAUGAGCUUCCUCCUUCGGUUCCUGAGAGCAGCUCGAGUAUCAUCCCGAAGACCAUUGAGAUCACGCUGUACAAAGAAGGCAACAGCUUUGGCUUUGUGAUACGGGGCGGAGCCCAUGAAGACUGGAACAAGUCACGUUCGCUGGUUGUGACCUACGUCAGGCCCGGUGGACCCGCUGAUAGGGAGGGAACACUCAAAGUUGGAGACCGGUUAUUGAGUGUGGACGGGAUUGCACUUCACAAUGUUACUCACGCGGAUGCCCUCAGUAUCAUCAGGCAGUGUGGGCAGGAGGCCACCUUCCAGAUAGAAUAUGACGUUACAAUCAUGGAUACGGUGACAAAUGCCUCGGGGCCUUUGCUGGUGGAAAUAGCGAAGUCUCCAGGAUCAACACUGGGGAUCUCUCUGUCCACAGGAAUGCACCGCAACAAGCAAGUCAUAGUUAUCGAUAAGAUCAAGCCCGCGAGCAUCGUGGACAGGUGUGGGGCUUUGCACGUUGGGGAUCACAUCCUGUCGAUCGAUGGGACAAGCACAGAGCACUGCUCGCUGUUGGAAGCCACCCAGCUGCUGGCCAGCACCACGGACAAUGUCAAGUUGGAGAUCCUACCAGUGCAUCAGAGCAGACUGUCUCUCAAACCAGCAGAGCAAGUUAAGAUUCAGAAGAGCGAUCACCAUCACUGCUGGGAUCCCUGCGUCAACUACUGCCACACCCAUCACCCAGGACACUGCAAGACACCCACUUGGAACUCAGCCAACCCUCCCUCCAACCCGGAAUACUGCAAAUCUCUGGUUCCGGCCAAUUACUCCCCAGCCUCAUCCAGCACUCAGGGUCUCAGCUCACAGAACUCCAGCACUCUGUCUCGCACAGCACAUCCGAUGAGCCCUCGUGCCACCAUGAUGAGGAGGAGGGUGAAGAAAAAGGAACACAAGAGCUCGUUCCAGGAGGAUACCUGCUCCUCACCGCCACCUCUCCUCCAGUCGGAUGGACAGGACGGUCUGGGCCGUGGGUUCCACCAUGACCGCCGUCAGUGCCAUUCGCUGAUCAGCCAGCAGGAGGCGCGAUUGGAGCUGGUAUCGCUUGCUUCAAGCACAAUAGGCCCUGGAGGACAGAUUGUCCACACAGAAACGACAGAGAUUUUUCUAAGAGGGGAUCCGUUGAACGGAUUUGGAAUCCAACUCCAAGGAGGAAUCUUUGCGACUGAAACGCUCUCGUCUCCGCCACUGAUAAGAUUUAUAGAGCCAGACAGUUCUGCCGAAAGGUGCGGGUUACUGCAGCUGGGAGACCGAGUUCUUACCAUCAAUGGCAUGCCAACGGAGGAUGGAUCUCUAGAGGAGGCCAACCAACAGCUGCGGGAUGCUGCUCUGUCAAACAAAGUGUCUCUGGAAAUAGAGUUCGACGUGGCAGAGUCCGUGAUCCCAAGCAGUGGAACCUUUCAUGUUAAACUUCCGAAGAAGAGAGGGGUUGAGCUGGGAAUCACCAUCAGUUCAGCUGUCAGCCGGAAGCCUGGAGAUCCACUAAUCAUAUCUGACAUUAAAAAGGGGAGCGUGGCACACCGAACUGGGACUCUCGAGCCUGGAGACAAACUCUUAGCAAUUGAUAAUAUUCGGCUGGAGAACUGUUCAAUGGAGGAUGCUGUGCAGAUCCUACAACAAUGUGAGGAGCUCGUCAAACUGAAGGUUCGAAAGGAUGAGGACAACUCAGAUGAACAGGAGAGCACCGGCGCCAUAAUAUAUACUGUGGAACUAAAGAGGUACGGUGGCCCCUUGGGAAUCACCAUCUCUGGGACCGAGGAGCCCUUCGAUCCCAUCAUCAUCAGUGGACUUACCAAAAAGGGACUGGCCGAAAGGACGGGAGCCAUUCACACAGGGGACAGGAUAUUAGCCAUUAAUAACGUGAGCCUUAAGGGCAAGCCACUGAGCGAAGCCAUCCACCUGCUCCAGAUGGCUGGGGAAACGGUAACUCUCAAGAUCAAGAAACAAGCAGAUCGAGCUUUAGCAAAGAAGACGUCGGGGGCCGUGAGCGAGCUGAGCGACCCGGAGGACGAGCUCCCUGACUUGCAGAAAACCAGUAAACUCUCCGAGAUCUAUUCCGCCACCAUUCCGAGUGUGGACAGCGCCAUGGAGUCUUGGGAUGGCUCAGGUAUUGACUGUGGAUUCGGAAGCCAAGUUCCUGUCAGUCAACAAACUGCAGGCAUCGUUCUUCAUCCUCACGAAUGGCAGAACACAAGGCAACUUAGCACCACCCCACCCCCGGCUAGCCAGAGGAAGAACUAUCCUUAUGUUGAUGGGGGAUUCAGUGAAGAGGAGUGGGACAAGCCAAGUGGAUAUCUUAGCCACCACAACGGACUCGAUCCAGACCAGGAAGAAAAGUUUUGGUCUCAGGCUUUGGAAGAUUUAGAGACUUGUGGACAAUCGGAACUUUUGAGAGAAAUUGAGGCUUCCAUAAUGACCGGGAGCGCGCUCAGCUUGGGCAUCGAGGGCCAUCCUCCGCAGUCCGCCAGCCAGUCAGGAUUGGGCGUAACCAAGGCCGAAGGUUCACGGGAGUGCGGGGAGGGGCAGAGCGAGUGUUCGGUGGCGACGACGCUCGAGAAGGAGAAAAGCUCAGAGCUGAACAGGAUCAAGGAGCAGAUGAAGGAGAUCAUGUCUCCGACUCCAAUGGAAUUGCACAAGAUCAUAAUCGAGAAAGGCUCUCAGAACGAAGACUUUGGGUUCAGCAUCUCUGAUGGCCUUUUGGAGAAAGGGGUUUACGUCAACUUGAUCCGUCCAGAGGGACCCGCAGAUCGUAACGGACUUCAGCCGUACGACCGGAUCCUGCAGGUCAACCACGUGAGGACGAGAGACUUUGACUGCUGCCUGACGGUCCCUCUGAUCGCCGAGUCCGGCGACAAGCUGGAGAUGGUGGUAAGCAGGAACCCGCUAGCCAUGACCAGCCGAGCCAAGUCCGAGGACUGUGAGGAGACCCGGGUCGGACAUCGCCUCCUCCAGACCUCAGAGAGCGCGGACAUCAGGAAGAACACGAGAACACUGUGACCGGACAAGACUGAGCAAUCCUGAUGCUGGAAGAUGUAUUUCCAAUGGUGCUACUCCUUUGCCAUUGCACGUUUCCCUCCCUCCCUCCCUCCCUCCUUCCUUCCCUCCCUCUCUGCUCACCUGGAGGACAUCAUUUGUUAUUGAGCAUUUUGGACAAUAUCAAGAGGGAGGGCAUUUCGAGCAGCUUGGCUUUUUCGCUCCCGCCUAAUUCCAUCUCGCCCCAUCUGUGGUACGUGUAGCAGUUGUACUGUUGCUGGGAAGGUUUUAAACUCCCUUCAGUGUUUUUAUUUUAUUAAAAUAAUCGUAAUUCGGUCACCCAAUCAAA